UGGGAAAGAAAAAAAAAAGAGCAGCCACCACAGCCACGCAAGACGCCACAACCCACCGCUGCCGCUCCAGCAAGUCCAGCAGCUAGCACCGACGACGCCAGCCGAGAGCGGUCGAUCGAGGAGUCGCAGAGAAUCUGCCCGCAAAACCAUCCCCGGCUACGGAUUGAUUGUGGAUUGGACAACCUUUAGGCGAAAUUGGUUGUAAUCUGGAGUCUUGAGGCUAAUUACAGGCAGAACAGAACUGAACCUAAUAUGGCUUCCUUGCCAUUGGCCACCGCUGAAGUAUGUGACUCCAAUGCUGGUUUAAUUCUGAAUGGCGAUCUUCGUGCCCUCCAACCAAUCUUCCGUAUCUAUGGAAGGCGGCAGAUUUUUGCUGGCCCUGUUGUGACACUGAAGAUCUUCGAGGACAACGUUCUUCUCCGUCAGUUCCUCGAGGAGAAAGGCCACGGCAGGGUCCUGGUGGUUGAUGCCGGCGGGAGCAUGCGCUGCGCCGUUUUGGGUGGCAACCUCGCUCAGCUAGCGCAGAACAAUGGGUGGGCCGGCAUUGUGAUUAAUGGUUGCAUCAGGGACGUCGAUGAGAUCAACGGCUGCGACGUUGGCAUCCGCGCUCUAAACUCACACCCAAUGAAGUCGAACAAGAAGGGUGUUGGCGAGAAGCAUGUCCCUGUGACCUUUGCAGGAACCAGAAUUUGCGAUGGCGAGUGGCUCUAUGCUGAUUCUGAUGGUAUCCUUCUCUCAAAUUCGGAAUUGACCGUGUAGACCUGUUCAAUCCGUAUCCAGUGUGUAUAUGAAUCGGGCGCUUAAAAGGAGGGCAUGUCCCUUGUCAUGUUGGUGUUAUAUAUUGUCUGAACUUUUCGUAACUAGUAUUCCUGUUGAAUCACAUGACUAGUGAGAAUAA